AGCCCAGCUAACAGUGUUUGUUAUCAACAAACAGCUCAUUUUAUGCUUAUUUUAUGCUUAUUUUAGAUUGUUUCAAAAAACCCCUUCAUGUGUGGAGACAGCUCUACAGCAGAUAGAGCCGAGAAACUGGAACUCUUUGGGCAAAAGAUUGACAAGAUAACAGCAGGGGAAAUGGAUGUGCACAUUAUCCUGGAUGAUCCUGCAGGAAAUAGUUAUCUUCAGAAUGUUUAUGCGCCAGAUCCAGAUCCAGAAAUGAAGAUUGAGAAGUACACCAGGACCUUUGAGCAGAACGAAGACUUGGGGCUGAAUGACAUGAAAACAGAAGGGUACGCAGAGAAAUUGGCUUAAAGUAGAGAAAAAUGGAGAUUAUAUCUUGUUAUAUGCCAAAUUCUGUCAAAACCAUUAUAUAGCAUUAUUUAAUUCACUUUUACAUUUAUUGUAAUUAGCACUUCUGAAAACCAUAAUGUCUUUUAAAGGCAGCGUUCGAAAGGGGGAAAAAAUAUUAUUUUUGUUUGAAUAAGUGCAAGGUGCUGAAUUUUCCUUGCUGUCUGUGGCAAAAAAUGUUAAGUUAUAAGUUUUGGUCAUCUUGGCUAUGAAGCUCUUGUGUUAAUUACCAGUAUAACAACAGAAUUGUUAGAAAGUUUUUGAAGUACUUAAAACUACAGACACUUAAUAAAGUAGUCUUAAGCACACUGGAUGUGAAUUCUUUGGACGCAUUUUCAUGUAAUUGGACUGACUCAUAAAGGCUGUAAUAUAAUAAGUUAUGUUUGUACAAUAAAACGGUAUGGUAUAAGUAUGGUGCUGAUCUGUACACUUUGAGUUCAGUGAGAUAUCUAAUUAACAAUGGCUUCAGCAUGACAUC